AUGUACCUGGCAUUUCAAUAUGACGCAGCUGAAAACCGAGAGACCUUCUGCCAGCGGGCACCCAGCUUCCUUGACUACCUGCACAGCAUCCUGCAGAAGUACCCGGACAGAGGGCAGAUCCUCAAGGAGCUGGUGCAGAAUGCAGACGAUGCCGGCGCUAACGAGGUCGUGUUUGUGUCUGAUGAGCGGGAAUUCAACAUCACCGGAGGGGGCCUGGAGGGCUCCCAGGGCCCAGCUCUGUUGGCCUACAAUGACGCCGUGAUGUCGCCCCGGGACUGGACAGGGAUUCAGUGCCCAGGGGUGUCACACAAGCGGGAGGAUCCCCACAGCGUGGGACGCUUUGGCUUGGGCUUCACCUCUGUCUACCACCUCACCGACCUACCAGGUGUGCUGAGCCCCCCAUACUUGGGGGUGCUGGACCCCGAAUGCCAGGUGCUGCCUGGUGCUGGCAAGCGCUGGGACAUCUCCGAAGCCCAGGACCUUCCUGGCCUUUUCGAGCCCUUCUGGGCUGGGCUGGAAGCUGUGGGACAGCACCGUGCCUCAGCCCAGGGCACCCUCUUCCGCUUCCCCCUUCGCCAGCAACCCUCAGAAAUCGCUGCAGGGGUCUCCAAUGCUGAGCGCAUCUGCAACCUCAUGCAGACUUUCCUCACAGAGGCCCCUCUUGCCCUCCUCUUCCUCCGCCAUGUCCGCCGCGUGGCCCUGCACCGUGUGGCCCCUGACGGGGUCCAGACACUCAUGGGAACACUUGCGGCAUGCCCUCAGCCUCUCCCUGUCCCGGUGCCAUCGGAGGAUGAGGGGCUGAGUCUGGCGUGGUGCCUGGUGGCCCUGCACAGGGAUAGCGUGAGUACUGGCAGCGAGUGGCUGGUGGCCACAGGCAGGGCCACUGAGGGGCCAGUCGUGGCUCUGGGCACACGGCUGGGGUGCUGCCCUGAGCUGAGCCUGGCACACCCCCUCCACGGGGCCUGCCAAGGGCGGCUCUGCUGCUUCCUGCCACUGCCAGCCACUGAUGAGACAGCCACAGGGCUGCCCGUCCAUGCCAGCGCUCCCUUUGCCCUCUCCGAUGAUCGCCGCCACCUCCGCUGGCCCCAGGAGGGUGAGGAGGGUGAGGAAGAUGCCCGCUGGAAUGCUCUUCUGCUGCUCGACCUCCUGCCCCGGGUCUACAGCCACUUGGCUGCCAUGGCCGUGGCUCUGCCCAGUGCAGAUGCCUACAGCCUGUGGCCAGACCCCGAGUGCAUGCCGAGCUCUGGCCGUAUCCACAGCCUGAUGAGCCGUGUGUGCCAGGAGCUGGCGGCUGCCCCCGUCUUGCUGCCGGCCGCAGACGGGGCAGCGGGGCGGCUGCGGGCCCUCGAGGCUGUGCUGCUGCCAGAGGCUGUGGGUGAUGCAGCCACACGGCAGGCGAUUCAGGCCUUGCUGGUGGCCGCUGGGGAGCCGGUGGCCGAGGUCCCACCCCACGUGUGGAGGGCGCUGACUUUGGGGAUGCCGAAGGGUCUGCGGGAGGCCACGGCGGGACACGUGCGGGAGGUGCUGCGGCACCACGGGGCCGCAGAGCUCCCGGCUGCCGGCCGCCUCUCCCUGCUGCGCUACGUGGCCGGGGAUGGCUGCCAUGCUGAGCUCUGGGGCCUCCCUCUUCUGCCUCGCGCCGAUGGAACCUUAGUGGCCUUUGGAACUGCGUCAGCCGUUGUCUACAUGGACACAUCUGACUGCCCCAGGGAGCUCCUACCUGGCUUGGCCGGGUCCUUCCUGCCCUCAGACCUGGAGCCAGGCUUGGAGAGCCUCCUGCGAGGCAUUGCCAAGGAGGGUCUCUUCCCCAACCUGGUUCUGCUGGAUCCAGCUGUGACUGUACAGACCCUGCGCUUGGCUCUGCCCCCCACCUGGACAUCCCAGUCUUCAACCCCAGUGACAUGGUGCCCAGCCCAAGGCCCCCCCCAGCCCCCAGCCUCCUGGUUCCCAGCCCUGUGGCAAUUUCUGGCCCACCACAUGGAUGACUUGGGCCCUCUGGAGGGGCUCCCUCUCAUAGCCCUGUCCUCACUGGAUGCCCCCACUGUCCAUCUGGCUUCACUGACACCUGAAUCCAGUCUUAUCUUCCAGGUGUGGGAGGACCAGCUCCUGCCACUUGCUGUGGCCUCUGUGCUGGAGGUCCUGGGUUGCCCUGUGGUGCCACCAAGCGCGUGGCACCGCUCCCUGUCCCGCUAUGUCCUGCCUCCAUCCCCCCUCAAUGCCCUGCGGGCCCUGGGCAGGCAGGGGGCUGCAGCACUGGCCUCCCGCAUGGCCUCGCUUCCUGAUGCAGAUGUGCUCAUCCUCCGGCUCUACCUGGCAGACGUCCCAUCCCUGACAAAGCAGGACAUGGCCACUCUGGCUGCUCUGCCCCUCUUUCUGCCACUGCCCUGCCUGGCCACCCCACAGCCCUCGGAGCUGGUGCCAGCCGCUGCCACCCUGGCGCUGGAGCCAGAGCUGGAGCUGCCCCAAGACGUGGUGCUGCCGGAGGCCGUGUUGCGGUGCCGGGAUGAAGCUGACCGGCGGCUACUCGGGAGGCUCCAGAGGCCCUUCAUCAGUGCAGCCUGUGUGAUGCUGAAAGCCAUCAGAGCUGUGGCCCAAGGCGCAUAUGUGGGGCGAGCGGCUGAGACACAGGCUCUGCUGCUCUGGGUACUGCAGCACGGAGACACUGUCUUUGCACAGAGCUCCCCACUCCGGCAGGCCUGCAGCAAGCUGGCCUUCCUGGAGACCCCUGAUGGCCCCGCAUGCCCGCAAGACCUCUAUGACCCCUGUGACAGCACCUUGCAGGCCCUGCUGGGACCCGAGCGCUUUCCUCCUGCUGCCUUCCACACUCCGUCCGUCCUACGUGCCUUGAGGGCUGUGGGCUUGCGGCAUGGUGAGGGGUGCCUGCUGCCCUCAGACAUCCUGGCAGCUGCAGCAAAAGUCAGUCAGGGUGGCACGGCAGCUUUGGACAGGGCUGAGGCACUGAUCACAGUCUGCAACCACCCCAAGGCACUGGAUGGCUUCAGCGCUGCAGAGCUCAGGCAGCUCCAGGCCCCACCAUGGGUACCUCACUCCAAGUGCACAGGAGAGCUUGGGCAGCCCUUCCUGCCCCCCCGGGAGCUGCGAUCCAUGCAGUACCAAUCCCUGGUUGGGCUUGCCAUGCCCCUGACUGACGCCUUUGUGCCAGAGGCAGAGAAGAAGCUGGGGCUGAGCCAGACCCCACCGCCGGAGAGAGUGUGGGAGCAGCUGAGAAAGCUGGCGAGGCGCAGGGACAUGGAUGAGGUGGGUCCCGCUCUCCAGCCUAUCUACUGGCACAUGCAGGAAAACCUGAAGGCCUUUGGGACUGCCCCAGAUGGUGCCGUUGUGUGGACUGAGUCUGGGCUUGUCCUGCCACGUGAUGCAGUACUGGGCUAUCCUGAGAAGCUGGAGCUGGGGCUGCUGGUGCCCCGAGUGCCCCCUGACUUCCUGCCCUACAGCUACCUCUUCAGGGCUUGGGGGGUGGUGGACGGGGUGAGUGAGGAGAGGGCGGUGUCAGCCCUGCGCUCCCUGGGGCAGGACAUAGACAGGCGCGGCUCCAGAGCGGGCACUGCCACAGAGUUGCAGGUGGUUGUAGCUGUCCUGGAGUGGCUGAAGAGACGGGGCCACAAGGGCAAGGGCACUGUGCCAGUUCCUGUGAGGAUCCCACAGGGCUCAGGCUUUGCCCUCCGUCCAGCUGCCUCUGCCGUGUACCUGGACAUGGAGCUGGAGGAAGAGGAGGAUGUUCAAGAGGUGGUGCACGAGGCAGUGCCUUCCAGCACAGCCAUGUUCCUGGGCACGGAGUGUCUCAGCACGCAGGUGCUGGGCCCAGAGCCAUUCACAGCCUGUGGCCCCUCAGAGCCCAUCACCCUACGCCUCCGCAACAUCCUCUGGGAGUACGGCGAGGAGGGCGACCUCUUCCCAGAGAUGGUCCAGAAUGCAGAGGAUGCCAGUGCUGCUGUGUGCCGCUUCCUUCUGGACCUGCGGUGCCGCAGAAAGGCCACCUCUGGGCUGCUAGACCCAGGCAUGGCUGCCUGCCAUGGCCCAGCCCUCUGGGCCUACAACAAUGCCCUGUUCACAGAGGAUGACCUCCAGAACAUCACCCGGAUUGGGGCUGCCACAAAGGAGGGCCAGGCAGGCCGGAUCGGGCACUUUGGUCUGGGCUUCAGCUCUGUCUACCGUGUCACGGAUGUGCCAGCAGUGCUGAGUGGGGAGACACUGCUCAUCUUUGAUCCCAAUGGCACCCAUCUGGGCAAGCACAUCCCCAGGGCCGGCUCCCCUGGCAUCCGCCUGGACUUCUCCAGCCGGCCACGCAUCCUCCGUGUCUUUGCUGAGCAGUUCCAGCCCUACCAUGGAAUCUUUGGCUGCUGUCUGCCUGAGCCAGGACCCUUUCCAGGGAGCCUUUUCCGCUUGCCUUUUCGCACUGAAGAGGAAGCUGUGACAUCGCAGAUUUGCUCUGAGGCCUUUGGUACAGAGCGCAUCCAGUCCCUUGGGGCUGCUUUCCUUCGCUCUAACAGGCUCCUGCUGCUCUUCCUGAAGCACGUGAGGGAGCUAUCCCUGGAGAUGCUGCCGGACACAGCCACUUCUGCAGAGGAUACCAUGCCUCUGGCCACGCUGCAGCGAAAGGAGAUCCGAGACUUGGGGGCCCCUGGGGAUCCCCCAAGUUGGGCAGCCAUUGAGCAGCUCUCAGCCUGUGAGGAGGAAUCCAGGACAAUGUGGCAUUACCUGGUUUUGGUGUGUCAGGGUGAUGGGGAGUUGCUGGAACUGUUUCACCAGAACACACAGGCAGGACUCCAUCCUCCACUUCCCAUGGCUGGUGUGGCCCUUCCUCUUGCCCCUACCAAAGAUGGCAAGUGGGUGCCAAGUCUGGAUGAUGAGGAGGGGCAAGUUUUCUGCCACCUUCCCAUGCCGAUCAUCUCAGGGCUGCCAGUCCACCUGCAUGGGGCCUUCAGUAUCCUCUCAAAUCGCAAGGGGCUGUGGGACAUGGCAGAGCGGGGCAAGUGGAACCGGGUGCUGCUCCACAAUGCUGUGCCAAUGGCCUGGCUCUGGGCAAUGGACCAUCUCCGUGCCAUGCAUGAGGCAGACGAGUUGAAGAACUAUGAGUAUCAUCUCUUCUGGCCAGACAUUAGCACUGCCCGUUACCCCUGUACAGAGGCUGUGACUGGUUUCUACCAGGCUGUGGCAGCCAGGAGUGGCCCAAGGCUCUUUUCUGAUGGCCACUCCUGGUGUUCACUGCAGGACGCCUGCUUCCUGCACCAGACUGUGGAGAGACACCAUAAGCUGGGUACUGUGGCGCAGCGAGUCUUUGCCAUCACUGUGCCCCGUCCCCUGUUGGCUGUGGCCUUGCCUGGGAAGGUGCAGGAGGGCCUUGGGAAGGCGCUGGAUGCUGGAACCUAUGACUGGAACCGCUUUCUCUGUGAGCUUGUGCUUCCCAACUUGGAAAAUCUCCCUGAUGUUGACCGGAACCUGCUGCUGCUCCAUGCGCUGGAUAUGUCUCAUGAGGAUGUGGACAAAGUGCUGCAGACAGUGCCUUGCAUCCCUGUCACCCCUCAUGGCCACCUGCAGUUCAUCAAUCACCUGGUGCAUCCCAGAGGUCGCGCUGCCCCUUUAUACAGCCCUGAGGAUGAGCGCUUCCCCGCUGGGAACGCCUUUCUUUCCCUGGAGAGACUAAGCCAACUGGAGAGGCUGGGCAUGGUGAAGGACACCAUAGCCCUGCCAGAGCUGCUGGAGAGGGCAAUGACCGUGCAACUUGUCUGGACCAAGAAUCGUGCCCAGGGCUGCCAGAGGGCUGCUUGCAUCCUCGAGUUACUUCAGGAUGCAGUGAAGAAGAGAAGAAACGACACCCUGCAGGCCACUUUCCAGACUGUGCCCUUCCUCCCUGCUGUACUACGCAAUGGUGAGCCUGUGCUGCUGCCAGCUGCCCAGCUCUACCAUCACCUCCAUGAGCCACUAGUGGGACUCAUCCAGCCUAUCUUGGCUCCUAAAAUCUUCAGCCUCUCCAAGGAGGUAGCAUCCUUCUUGGGGCUGGACCGGCAGAUACCAUCAGCUCAGGUCCUUGAGCAGCUGCGAGCACUCAGACAUUUCUCCAACACUCUCCCUUUGGAGACCCUGCAGUACAGCACCAACUGCUGCUACAAGCAGCUGAACAUGCUGCUCCGGGAACAUCACUCCAGCUGGGAUGAGGUGGCUUCUGCAGUGGACCCCAGGGAGCCCUUCAUCUUGAUGGGCUCCCAUUUUGUGCCAGUCACAGCUGUGGCCGAGACACUGUCAUUUGAGGCUGCCCCAUACCUUCAUCAGCUCCAAGAGCAGUACAAGCCCUACAGAGAGCUCUGGGAGUGUGUAGGGCUGCGCCACACGUUCACCUGGGAUGAUUAUGCCCGAGUGCUCUGCACCCUGGCAAAGACACAUGCUGGAAAGACGCUGCCUGCUGCGGAGCUGGAUCUGGCCCUGCGGCUGGUGUCUUGUGGCUUGAUGGAAGAUGGCACCCAGCCAGAUGCCUGCCAGACCCAGCAACUCUUUCUGCCUGAUGAGGAGGGCAUUUUGCACCCAUGGGACAAGCUCUACUUCAAUGAUGCACCAUGGAUGCCAUUGGACAGAGAUGUCCUGCUGUGCCAUAAACAGCUGUCCCGAGAUGCAGCCCUGUGCUGUGGGGUGGCCACCACACGCCACCAAGCACUGGAGAGGAGUGAAAUCAUCACUGAUCACCUGAGCCUCUGGGCACAGCCAUUUGGUGCCCACGAAGAUUUGCCAACACGACUGAAGAACAUCUUGAAGGAGUACUCUGAGUCCGCUCCUGAUACGGUGAAGGAGGUGCUCCACAAUGCAGAUGAUGCUGGUGCGGGGCUUGUGCACUUUGUGUGGGACCACCGGCAGCACCCAGCGAAGGCCACUUUUAGUGAGAAAUGGAACAUCCUGCAGGGCCCUGCCCUCUGCAUCUACAACGACCGCCCCUUCCGGGAGCAGGACAUUGAAGGCAUUCAGCGUCUGGGGGUGGGUGGCAAGCAAGACCAGCAGGAUGUCACAGGCAAAUAUGGCCUUGGCUUCAACACUGUCUACCAUUUUACUGACUGCCCAGCCUUCCUGACCGGAGACAGUACCCUGUGUGUCUCUGAUCCCCAUCUCUACUACAUGCCCACGGCCACAACUGCGAAGCCUGGUAGCAUGUUUGCUGUUGACACUGACUUCAAGAAGAAUUUUCCAGACAUUUAUGACACCUUCCUACCAUCCUUCUUCAACCUGAAACAAGGCGUCCUUUUCCGGCUGCCGUUCCGCACUGCAGCUGAGGCUGCCAAGUCCAGGGUGUCUGACAUGGUGGUGCGAGACCAAGACCUCAAGAACAUGGAAGAAACACUGGCUAAGGAAGGUGAGGACUUGGUGCUCUUCCUCCAGCAUGUACACACCGUCAUCUUCUCUGAGAUCCCCCCAGAUGGGAAAGAGUUGGUGGAGAAGCUGCAGGUGACCACAGAGCUCACGGAGGAUGAUGCAAAGUUGAGACAGGGUUCAAGAUUAAGCAAAGCCAUGGAUGGGAACAGCCCCACCCCUCUCUCCUAUACCAUGAAAGUCAAAAAUAGCAGGGCCAAGACCACAAAUUUGUGGAGGGUGAUCUCCCAAACUGGGGUGCAGGGUGGGGCUGAGGAGUUUCCGGUGCUUAAAUGGCUGCCCUGUGGGGCUGUGGCUGCCUGCCUGGAGCCUCUGAACCGAGCCAUGGGCAGAGCCUUCUGCACCUUCCCACUGCCCUUGAUCACUGGGCUGCCUGUGCACAUCAAUGCUAACUUCUCUGUGGAUGUGGCCAGGUGCAGUCUCCACUGGGACAAAGGUGGCACAGGGGCAGCCUAGAAUGACUUCUUGCUCUGGCGCUUGGUGGUUCCACUAUACUGUUACUUUCUCACCAGGCAGUGGAAAGCCCUGGAGCCAGAAAAGCUCCAGUAUAGGUCCCUGAAAUUCUGCCAGCAGCACCUGGACUCUCACUUCCUCCAGUUUUUCCCUGUUAUGAAAAGGGUCUUACCUAUCUUCCAGGACAUGGUGAGAGAGGUCUACAAGCAGAUCAGUCAUGCACGACUGCCCCUGGUGCCUGUGUACCACAGGAAGUCAUCUGACGCGGUGACAAUAACCUGGGCAUCUCCAGGUGGAGGGGACAUGCUAACAGAGCCAUACUUCCUCAAGGAGAAGCCUCAGCCAGAAGUCCAGGAAGUGCUGCAGCAACUGAACAUGAAACUGGUUCCAGCAUUCACCCACCUGCAGCAGAUCCGUGAGGAGUUCAUUGAAGCCCAGGUGAACGCUGUGGUCUUAGGGCCAGCCUCUCUCCAGCGCUUCCUCAAGGCCCUGGCUCUGCCUGUGCCCUGCAAGCUGGCUGAGACACCCCUGAGGACCCCAAAGAGCUGCUUCUACCUGCUGCAAUACUUAACAGGAUGGAACAGGCACUCCCAAGGUACUCACAAGGAUGGGGACAAGGCAGACCUGGAAGGCCUGCCCUUGCUGGCCACAGAAGAUGGUCUUCUGAAUGCUUUCAGCAUCCACCACCCUGUCUUCAAGAACUCCUUUGCCCACCUGUUCCCCAAGCACAGCCACCGUUUUGCCCAAGAGUGUAUUUCUGAAUGGAUCCCACCUUGCUUUGUGAAGGAGUUUGACCUCCCAGAGGCCACACCACUCAUCCAGGAGGUAUUGUGUCAGCUGGAGUGGACCACUGAGGGGAAAAAGUGGCUCAAGGGGCUGUGGACUUUCUUUGACAGGAUGGUCCCCUCCAGGACUUCAAACAUGAACAUGAAGUCAUUCAUGAAUCAUCUCCAGAAUAUGGCAGUGCUGCCUAUUCAGGGGAGUAAGACAGACUCGAAGCACCUACUGCCACUAUCUCUUUUUGAGUGUCACUCUAAAGUGGAAAAGGUGCUGCACAAACUGGGCAUCCCUGUGCUCCAGCAGUCCCUGCUGCCCUGGAGUUUUGCCUACUGUUGCCUGAAGCCGUGGGCACUGCAGGUCACAGAUCCCAGGGCUGUAGUGGCCCAUCUGGCAGACACAAGAGCUGAUCUCUGCUGGGGGGAUUUAGGGGAGCAGGACAUGUCAGCCCUGCUAAGGUUUGUCCAGGAGGGAAAGCUGGAUUCACGUGCACUGGAGCAGCUCCGGUAUCUGCCUCUCUUCCAGAAGUUUGGGGGGGGCUAUGUCGCUGUGGCUCCCUACUGCCUCUUCCAAUAAAUUUGCUGGACUUUGCACUGCAGAAGAGCCUCCCCUGCCUCCUUUACUCAGUCCUCAUCUCUCCUCCAAGGGGUCUUUGCUCCUGGGCAUCUGGCUCAGAGGUUCUGGCUCAGGCAGGACCCCAGCCUGGCCAGUUCCCCACUCUUGCCACUGGCCCUGGGACAUUGCAGAGCUAGCCAGGGCUCCAGAGGAGAGUGGUAUCUUCCCAUGGAAAAGCACUUGAAACCUCUUUCAAGAACUCACCACCACAGUUUGGAUGCUACCUUCUAUAUUGACUAUGACCAAGAAUUGCUGAAAAAUUGCUUCAUCUGGUGUGUGGACCCAUGUUGUCCCAGAUCUAUAUAACAACUAUUCAAGCCAAGUUCUCUUAUAGAAGCAUGUCAGAUAUUUGCUCCUCCCCUCCUUGACACUUCACUAACUACUGGCAGGAGCUUUAUAAAUACAUUCAGACGAACAUGAGAUUUUUUUUUACAGCAAACCCAAGAACGUAAUGAAUUUUUAUAGUUACUAGGAAAGGACUGAUUAAAGUGGAAUUAGAUGUCUCAUAAAAAAAUCCAUCCCAACCCAACCUACAACUCUGGGAGAAGGUGACAUUAGCUGGCUUUUGCCAGGGGUUGUAACCUCCAGUUAUGCUGUCUGCCCUCAGAGGCAGCCACAUUUGU